AUGCAAGGUGAGAAUGUACCAAGUAAAAAAGGGCCGUCUGUUCAGACAGGUAUUGAUCGCUAUAUUAACGUAAAAAGGAAACUAAGUCCAGUUAAAUCAGCGGUCAAUACUAAAAAAUUUCAACCAGGCACGCCAAAUGGUAAAAAGCCAGAAAUCCUAAAUGGCAACAGAUUUGCCAUACUAAGCAAUGGUUCAGACGACGAUGCGAAGGGUACCACCACGGUCGUGAAUGCCAAACCACCCCCAAUUUAUUUGCGUGAGCGUAACAGUAAUGCUCUCGUUGCUGAAUUAAGUAAAAUUGUAGGUACUAACAAUUUCCAUAUAGCGCCUUUGAAAAAAGGCAAUAUAGAUGAAACAAAAAUUCAGUCCUACACUGAAAAAAGUUUUAUGGACAUAGUUAAAUUUUUGUCAAUUAAAAACAAGAAUUAUUAUUCGUAUCAACUGAAGAGCUCUAAGGGCCUAGUUAUUGUAAUCAAGGGUAUAUAG